UUCUCUGUCGUCAACAAGAAGAUGGCUGCUCCCAGUAAUGAUAGCCACGAUUACAUGUCUUUGGCCAGAUACUUUUGGCCAGAUGAAUCAGUGCCCGGUGGACUUCCUUACGUUCGUGUAGAUGGCCACGUCAAUCCUGAAAUCCGUUCAGUGCCAGAUUAUGUAAUGCUUCGUGAAAUGAUCAAACAAGUACAGUUCUUAUCGCUAGCCUACUACUAUUUCGACAACGAGACAUACGCCGAGAAAGCUGUCAGCCACGUCAAAAGCUGGUUUCUUGAUAAGGAGACCCGUAUGAACCCACAUUUGCAAUAUGCAUCCAUUAUUCGUGGAUACGAUAUGGGACGUGCAAAGGGCAUCAUUGAUUUCAGUGUUAUUACUGACUUGCUUGAUAGUAUUGCAAUUCUCCAACACAGCAAGGCAUGGGCACCACGUACGAGUGCUGGCUUGCGUGUUUGGUUUACGUCCUACUUGGAGUGGCUACGAAACAGCCCAAAUGGAAACUUCGAAAAAACCGCUCACAAUAACCACGGAACAUAUUAUGACGUUCAGCUCCUGGCCAUUAGCUACUUUUUGGGCCAAGAUAAAUUUGCGACGCAAGUGGCACAAAACGCAACGGCAAAUCGCAUUGCAGAACAAAUUCUUGCUACUGGCGAACAAUACUUCGAAACGGAUCGUCCAUUCUCCUGGUUUUACAGUGUUUAUAACCUGCGUGGAAUGUUUCAACUCGCGGAAUUGGCAGAACAUGUGCGAGUUGACUUGUGGAACUAUAGAACAGUCGAUGGCAAAUCCAUCAAAGCAGCUUUGGAUUUCUUACUCCCAGGUGCCGUCAAUAACUCGGAAUGGCGAUUC